AUGUUUGGAGCUUUAAAUCGCCUUAUCAGUGGGCUGGAUGCAGAUACAUCGUCAGCCCAGUCGCAUAGCAGAGACAACGCAUACGGGUUCCAGGUGCUUCGGAAUAAGAAUCCAGACUUGCCAUUAGAGCCUUGGUUUGAUUUUAUCAUUGGAAUCAACGGCCAUCUUAUAGAUGAAGCAGACCCGAAUCUUUUCACAACAGAGGUGCGCAAUUGCGCGGGAUCAAACGUAUCCCUGGAGCUGUGGAGUGCGAAAGGCCAACGAACGCAUCGAGCCAUCGUCCCAAUAUCUCCAUCGAACCCAACUCUCGGCGUCACCCUUCAGCUUGCGCCGCUCUCCCUAACACAAAACAUAUGGCAUGUCCUUUCUAUACCCUCUCCGCAAAGCCCAGCCUACCUUGCCGGCCUACUACCCCAUUCGGAUUACAUCCUUGGAACACCAAGCGGGACACUUCGCGGGGAGACUGCGCUUGGCGAGCUUGUUGAAGAUCAUUUAAACAGAAGCCUCACUCUAUGGGUGUAUAACAAUGAAUUCGACGUUGUCAGAGAGGUGGAAAUAGUUCCCAACAGAAAUUGGGGAGGUGAAGGAGCGUUAGGCGCGGUUUUGGGAUAUGGUGCUUUGCACAGGCUACCUUUGGGUUUGGGAGAGGAAGUGGAAGGACCCGGAGAGGUAGUGUUUGCGACAAAGGAAGAUGGCCAUGAUGCUGAGUCUAGCAACCCACCGAUACCACCGCCGGAACCCCAUUUCCUUGUCCCAGCCAACAUCGUUUCCCCUCCUGCGAAUGCGCCAAAGAAAACUGUUUCUCCUGGCACUAGGCAUGGAAGAAAGAACCGCCAUGCCCAUGCCGAGGCGCCCUCAUUUGAUGACUACUUCAAGGAAGGCGAGCAGCGAAGUCAGAAAGAGGACUAUAUACCCUCGACAAAUACCGGGCCAGUUGCGCCACCCCCAAGGGCAGGUGGGCAGGUCCCGCCACCACCGGCGACAACAGCUGUUAAGGAGACAGUUGAGGGACCACCGGACGAGUAG